AUGAAAAGUUUUUUAUUAUUUUUACUCACAAUUUUUGUUAUAAUUUCAAUUAUUGAAUGCAAAAAUGACAAAGACGAUCAUAGAAAAUCCAGUGAUUUUAGAAAAUCUCGCGAAAGUCGAUUUGAAAUGAGAGACGCAAUGGAAGAAGCAAUGAAACUUCUUUAUGAAGAGACUUACAAAAUGGAUGCAGAAGAACGUAGAAAUUUGAUCAAAAAGUUCAUGAGAGGUCACAUUGACUUUAGAGAAGCUUUGGAUCUGGUAAAUAGCGAACGAAAGGAAGAAAGAAGAGUUAGAAGUCCAGAACGGGAAAGGAGAAUACAAGAAAUCACAGAAAGUUUAAAAGAUAUGAAUAGAAGGAAACGACAUAAGUCAACAGUUGAUGAAGAUGAACGUCGAAAAUCUCGCGAUCGCGAGCGAAUAGAAAUGAGAGAAAUAACGGAAGAAGCUGCAAGAUUUUUAUUUGAAGAAAGUCACAUGUUAGAACCGAAUGAAAGAAGAAAUAUUAUGAAAAACUUUAUGAUGGGAAAAAUCGAGUUUGAAGAAGCAGCAAAUCUGGCUGCUGGUUCACAAUUAAAGGAGCGACUGAAGACAAAUCCUGAACGAGAGAAAAAGAUAAAGGAGAUUAGGGAAAAAUUUAACCGAGCAGACAAAAUAAAUCGACAUAAUGAGCUUUAA